CCACACAGGAAGACGAGUCAAGAAAUGAGUCAGAGAUUCCUCCACACGAAAAAUCCGAUUCACAUCCAACCAGCAGCAGCAACAUGCCGGGCUGUGGGGUUCUCGGUCUCUGUCAGUAUGAAACCAACAAGCUGGUCCGGAUUCAGAGCGUCCGGCUCGGCUCCCUGAAGUGGACUCUGAACGGAUGCAUUCUGCUGUUUAUCUGUAUUAUGAUGCUGUGGAACAGGAAGUACCAGGAGUUCGACCUGGUGGUGAGUUCUGUCACUACCAAGGUAAAGGGUGUAGCUCAGAUCCACCUGCCAAAGAUCGGGGACGUGGUCUGGGAUGGCGUGGACUACAGCGGGCCCUCACAGGACAAAAACUCCUUCUUUGUGGUGACCAACAUCAUAGUGACAGAGAAUCAGAGGCAGGGAAAAUGCGCAGAGGUUCCCCUCAAAGGCAGAUUGUGUCGGACAGAUAAGGACUGUGAGAAAGGAGGCUGGGAUCAUUUGAGUCACGGGAUUCAGACAGGAUCGUGUGUGAAGUUUGAUGUGUUGCAGAAAACCUGUGAGGUGUCAGCGUGGUGUCCAGUUGAAAACAAGACGAGCCCUCCGAGGCCUGCUAUGCUAGCAGCAGCUGAGAACUUCACAGUCCUCAUCAAAAACAACAUCAGGUUCCCUGCGUUCAAUUAUAUCCGAAGGAACAUUCUGCCACAGAUGAACGACGCCUACCUGAGGAGCUGUCAUAGAGGAAACGACUCGCUGUGUCCCAUUUUCAAACUGGGAGACAUCAUUCGAGAGGCUGGAGAAAAGUUCUCUGUAAUUGCAGUAGAGGGAGGAGUCAUCGGCAUCCUGAUCAAAUGGGACUGCAACCUGGACCGGCUCAUGCAUCGCUGCCUGCCCAAAUACUCCUUCAGACGGCUGGAUGAGAAAGAGAGCAACAAGACGCUCUACCCCGGUCUUAACUUCAGGUAUGCAAAGUACAACACAGUGAACGGAGUGGAGGUUCGAACGCUGUACAAAGCAUUCGGGAUCAGGUUUGAUGUCAUGGUGUUCGGACAGGCGGGAAGGUUCAGCUUCAUCCAGCUCAUCAUCUACAUCGGAUCAACGCUGUCGUACUACGCUCUGACAACCAUGUUUAUCGACUGGCUGAUUGGAACCAGCUGUUACUCGGCAGAGGUCGGACAAGACUACUCGGAGAGGAAAGUGGAGUCGGUCCAAGACAAACAGAAGUGCAUCCUCUGUGUGUCCUACGUUGAUGAGGACAACAUUCGACUGGUGAAGAGAUCACAGAAGAAAAGUUUACAAGACCUCAAACCAACGUCUGUUAAGCCACGCAAGGUGGACACAGGACACCUGAGAGCCGUUCUCUCUCUGCUACAACCGGGUGAAGGCCUGGAUCAUGACUCUCAGCCUCCCCUUCAUCAUAAACCCGGUCCGAACAACAACGACCCACAUCGUCCAGCCUGGUGUAAGUGCGACUGCUGCAUUCCCUCCUCUCUCCCUCAGGAGGAGCUGUGCUGCCGGCAGAGCAGCGGUGCCUGCAUCACCUCGUCUCCUCUGUUCGAGCAGCUUGUGUUACGUCGCUCCUUGCUAGAGGCCGUCCUUCUGUAUCAGGACCCUCUGUCUCCACCCGCUGAUAAAGGCCAGACUGCUGCCCUGCGUCACUGCGCCUACAGACAGUACAUCAGCUGGAGGUUUGGGGUCCCACCUAAGGACACCCACCCUGCUAUCCCCAGCUGCUGCGUGUGGAGAAUCAGGGAGGCAUACCCGAGCCCACACAGAGAGUACAGCGGCUUCAGACCAGGCCUCCAUAUCCACCUGGCGUCCAUGCAAGCCUGCGCUAAUGGAGAGCUGUGAGGAGCAUUUUCAUUACAGAGCAAGGAUUUCCCCACUAUCUGACCUACUAAUAGCGUUCUUAUGUUAGAUUUGCCUUACAAAGCCAAAAAUGCAAUUUACUUUACUCAACUGUGCAGCAAAUAAAAAUAAGUCAGUUUUUGUCAGCUUGCAUUCGGUCCGAAAGGGAAAAACCUCCCUGGCCAAUAAAUAACUACAUUUUCUAAGAUUAUCUGUGAAGUCAUUUGGCUGCUUAGUAAAAAUUUCUAUGAAGCAAUUUUUCUUAGUUUCACUCCCUUUAAGCAGCUUUUUAAACUUUUUAUAGGGCAGAAAAAUAUCAUUUUUAACUUCACUCAACAUGCUCAGAAAAAAGAAUGUGUUUACAUUCGUAAUCUCAUAUGGAAAGAUUAAGAGGUUGGUUCCUACAUAGGGUGACCAGAUGAGAAUGGGUAAAAUUUGUGACGGGGGGGACGGCUACCAGUACAUUGAGUGUGAACAAUGAACAUUAAAACACGUGAAAAUCUGUAUACUAUACAAACAAGGUACACUGUAUUGAUCAGUGAACUUGGUGUUGGUGGGUGUUCUUUUUUACUUUGGACAGGGCCAGUCUAGCUGUUUUCCCCUGCUUCCAGUCUAUGCUGAACUAUGCUAACUACAUCUGGGCCACUUCCAGUCCUGACAAAACAUAGCAAAACGAGAUGCCAGCAGUCUGAUCCUUUCUGCACAUGGGCAAAAGUGGUGAAUCAAAGGAAGUUACUGCAAAUGUGCCUGUUCAAAAUACUCAAACCACAUCUCUCAAAUCAAGUUUACAAAAUGGGUUUUAAUCAUUGUAAAUCUAAUAGUUCACUGUUAUGUCAUAGGGAAACCUUGUUGGACAGUAGUAGUAAUUUGCAAUUUCUAACUGACUGUGGGAGGUAUGGGGAAUUGCUUAAAAUAUGAAAUUAGGAAAUUUACAAUUAAAUUUAGCAAGGAGUUAGCCAAGAUCAAAAAUAGAGAAUUUAAUAAACGGACACAGCUGAGAGUUGUUAAAAAUUGGGGGGGUGGACAGACAUCCGUUUCCAGUCUUAAUGCUAAGCUGACCGGCUGCUGGCUGUAGCUUCAUAUUUACUGUACAGGCAUAAGAGUGGCAUUGAUCUUCUGAUUUCAGAAUGAAUGAAUUUCCCAAAAUGUUGAUCUUUUCCUUUUGAUGCUCAGACGCGAGAUUGAUACCAAUCUUUUGAUUUCACUCUUGACAAUAAAAGAGAAUAAACCUACCUACCGAAACAUGUAGAACUAAACCCUUUCUGUGUUUAGUGGGUCUGAAAGUACUAUUGAAGCUCCAGUUUUAGGGAUUAGAGCGGGAUGUAAAGUCAGUUUCAGAGAUGAUGAGCAACUGCUCUGGCUGAGAGAAGGGGAAAAUACCUCUAAUGGUCCAAAAUAAGUACCUGUGGCUCCAGACAAUGAUAAGAAGCUUCAUUUAUCAUAAGGCAGGAGUAGGAGGUCAUACAGGAACCAUAAUCCCUGCUGUUUAUGAAAGCAUUCACUUUGUGUUACAACACACACACAACCAUCUAAACAUGUUUUGUGGCCCAAAUCACACAAUACAUAUUUGCAGUCCUCCAUAACACAGAAUGUAAAAAGUGUCCAGGUGAUUGAGGACAUUUAACCCUGUUUUUAGGAUAGUCUACCAUCCAGAUAACAAUGCUGUUCUGCUGGUUGUCCUUUUUUACAGCUUGGAUUAAAACUUCAGUCGUAUCCUCAUUUUAUUGUGGAGUCGCACAAGGCUCCAUUUUAGGCCCAGUUCUGUUUUCAGUUUACUUCCUACCAAAAGACCACAUCACCCAAUCACUGAACCACAAUCAGGCGCAUGUCUUGCUCAAGGACAUUUCAACAUGUACUGUCGUCUACAUCCGGGGAUCAACCUCCCCACAUGCUAUUAGUGGAAAACCUACCUGCUGAACAACAGCCGGUGAUGGCCAGUGGGGUAUAGACACGAAGGGUUCAGCAGUAGCAGUAGUAGUAACAGCCAUAGCUGUGUGAUUUUUGGGAUGUCAAUGUUGGUUACUGUGGUGCUGAAAUAUGUCAACCACUAUUGGAUGUAUUGCCCUUUUGAGGUUGACAUUGGUGGUUUUGAAUAAAAUAUCUCAACUAGUGGAUUGCCAUGAAAUUUGGUUUAGACAUUCAUGAUCCCAUCAUUAUGAAUUCUCAGGAUUCAUCUAGCGCCAUCAUCAGAAAAUCUUAAUGUGUCCAAUACUUUGGUUUAUGACCACAUACCUGCAAAAUGAAUGAUAGUCCCAUUAGCCUCUACCGCACAUUGUAUUUAGUGGUAAGUGUUAGCAUGCCAACACAUUAAUCUAAGAUGGUGAACUUUUACGUACUUUGUAUACUGUUGGGUUGUAACCUAUUAAUGAAUCUUAUUUCAUAAGCUGAUCAUAGAUACAUCUUUAAAAUAGUGAGAAAAAAACUUGAGAAACUAGAGAAAAAAAUAGAUUUUCUUCUGAAAGGUAGAGGACAGUAGAAUAAAUGGAAAGUAGCCUACUUAAACAACCAACAAUACAUGUCUGAAUAUGAUCAAAUCUGCCGCUGGUUGGUGUAGCGUGGCCUUUGCUGCAGCUCAACGUUUGAUUGAUGCAAACAAAAUAAAUGUAUUUCACGUAAAAAUCUAGUUCAGCUUUAACAAACAGGCUUUACACAGAGCAACACUUCCUCUGUCAGAUCUAGUACAAUAGCAGCCUGAGUUGUAUUAGCUGUUUGCACCCCAGGCCAUUCUUCAGGUGGCCUAUUUGACAUUUACGAGCACUUUCUACCCUUCGCUUUCCCAACUCUGGCUCCAGAUCUCAACCAUUGUUUUUAUAAAUGGUCCAUUUGAACAAAAAUAAGGGCUCUUUGUUAAACAACUCCAGGCCUGAAAUAGCUCCUGAUGACUUGUUUCAGCAGCAGGCAUCCCUGUUUCCUCCCAUAACUCAUCCACUGACCCCUCACUGCUGCUUUGUUCACUGGAGGUUGAACAGGACCCACUGGUGGCUAAUCUGUGAGCAUGUGUCUUUUUGAUUUCAUUUUAUUUUCAAAAUGGCCUGUAAUGACCUAUUACUGUACAGGGGGGCUGGUUUCCACUAAAUUAGAUUGGCCUAUAUCCUCCAUGAAGAAAUGUAUUUUAAUAAUGUGAUGUGUGUGUUUUCUUUACAUGUCCACCAGACAGCUAAAUAUAAAUAAAUUACUGCUGUUGUUUCUAAUUCUAAUUGCUGACUGUGUUGACCCGCAGACUGUGAAUGGAUGCAUGUGAAGUGUUAGUGGGGGGUGAAAGCCAUUGUGGAUGGAUUAUCAAGUGGAAGUGGAUGGAUACAUCAGUCAGUGCAGCUACAUGACAAUAAAAGUGUGUAUUGUC